UGGAUUUCAGCUGGGGAGUGGUUGGGGGAGUUAGGGUAGGGGUGGGAAUUGUGGGGAAAAGGGCGUUGAUUGUCCUGGCUGCCUGUCUUGCCCGGGAAAGAGGGGAGGCCUUGACCGCGCCCUCGGCGACUCAGCGCUAAUCAAGGGACGCCUGGAGACCAAACUGGACCGCCCCCACCCCACCCCCGGAUCUGAUGCUUGUGGCAGGUACGGAGCUGUGUGGAGUGUGUCUGGCGAGGGCGUGCGAAGCCGAAAGAACUGGAGGUAAAGCGCUUCCGGAAGAGGAAAUUAGCUAGUAAUUCUUCCCAACCUUUGCUGCCCUAGUCACCUCCCCAGCGUAUUCUUUCUGGAGGCCAGAAAUCUGAAAUGAAGGUGUUGGCAGGGUCUGCUUUCUCUGAAGGCUCUGGGAAGAACCUGUUUCAUGCUUUCUCUGAGCUUCUGGUGUUGCCAUUGAUCCUUGGUGUUCCUUGGCUUGUAGAUGCAUCGUCACUCCAGUCUCUGCUUCCAUCUUCACAUGGCCAUCUUCCCUGUGUGUGUCUGUCUGUGUUUCUUCUUUUCUUAAAAGGUGGACAAGUCCUAUGUUCAAGAGAAGAUGACUUUUAACAGUUUUGAAGGAUCUAAAACUUAUGUACCUGCAGACAUCAAGAAGGAUGAAGAAUAUGUAGAAGAGUUUAACAGAUUAAAAACUUUUGCUAAUUUUCCAAGUACUAGUCCUGUUGCACCAUCAACACUAGCCCGAGCUGGUUUUCUGUACACUGGUGAAGGGGACACUGUGCGGUGCUUUAGCUGUCAUGCCACAGUAGAUAGGUGGCAGUAUGGAGACUCAGCAGUUGGAAGACACAGGAAAGUAUCUCCAAAUUGCAGAUUUAUCAAUGGCUUUUAUUUUGAAAAUAAUCCUGCACAGUCUACAAAUCAUGUCCGAAAUGGUCAGGACAACGCUGAAAACUCUCUGGCAAACAGAAAUCUUUUUGUUUUAGAUAGGCCAUCUGAGACUCAUGCAGACUAUCUUUUGAGAACUGGGCAGGUUGUAGAUAUAUCAGACACCAUAUACCCAAGGAACCCUGCCAUGUGCAGUGAAGAAGCUAGAUUAAAGUCAUUUCAAAACUGGCCAGACUAUGCGCACUUAACUCCAAGGGAGUUAGCUAGUGCUGGACUGUACUACACGGGUAUUGAUGAUCAAGUGGAGUGCUUUUGUUGUGGUGGAAAACUGAAAAAUUGGGAGCCUUGUGAUCGUGCAUGGUCAGAGCACAGGCGACACUUUCCCAAUUGCUUCUUUGUUUUGGGCCGGAAUGUUAAUAUUCAAAGUGAAUGUGAUGUUGUGAGUUCUGAUAGGAAUUUCUCAAAUUCAACAAAUGUACGAAACCCAGCCAUGGCAGAUUAUGAAGCACGGAUCAUUACUUUUGGGACGUGGAUAUACCCAGUUAACAAGGAGCAGCUUGCAAGAGCUGGAUUUUAUGCUUUAGCUGAAGGUGAUAAAGUAAAGUGCUUUCACUGUGGAGGAGGGCUAACUGAUUGGAAGCCCAGUGAAGACCCUUGGGAACAACAUGCUAAGUGGUAUCCAGGGUGUAAAUAUCUGUUAGAAGAGAAGGGACAAGAAUAUAUAAACAAUAUUCAUUUAACCCAUUCACUUGAGGAGUCUAUGGCAAGAACUGCUGAAAAAACACCAUCACUAACUAAAAGAAUUGAUGAUACCAUUUUCCAAAAUCCUAUGGUACAAGAAGCUAUACGAAUGGGAUUCAGUUUCAGGGACAUUAAGAAAAUAAUGGAGGAAAAAAUUCAGACAUGUGGGAGCAACUAUAAAUCACUUGAAAUUCUAGUUGCAGAUCUAGUGAGUGCUCAGAAAGACAAUAUACAAGAUGAAUCAAGUCAGACUUCAUUGCAGAAAGAGAUCAGUGCUGAAGAGCAGCUAAGGCUCCUACAAGAAGAGAAGAUGUGCAAAAUCUGUAUGGAUAGAAGUAUUGCUGUAGUUUUUAUUCCUUGUGGACAUCUGGUCACUUGUAAACAGUGUGCUGAAGCAGUUAACAAAUGUCCCAUGUGCUACACAGUCAUUACUUUUAAGCAAAAAAUUUUUAUGUCUUAAUCUAACUCUAUAGUAGGCAUGUUACAUUCUUCUUAUUAUCCUGAUUGAAUGUGUGAUGUGAACUGACUUUAAUCAGCAUUGAAUACCAUUAGCAUUUGCUACCGAGUAGAAAAAAAUGUAAACUACAGUGUUACAGUUGGCAAUCUAGAAUUUGAAUUUCUGCAUUUUUCAGGAUUUAGCUAUAGUAUUUAUCUUAAUUUUUUAACUAUUAUUUAAUUGAAACCCUGGACUACGAAGCAUCAUAUUAUAACUAAUCACAAUGUGUAGUAUACUCUGACUUAGUUUCUAAAUGUAAGUGAAUUAAUCAACUGAAUUUUUCACUGUUUCAGAUAGGCUUAGCAAAUGGAGCAUUCUGUGUAAACGUGGAGGUUACAGUUAAUCUCCCCAAUCACAUGGUUUGUUUUGUGUGAAAAAGGAGUGAACUGUUGCACACUGGUGGAAAGACAGCGAUUACUUUUAGAUGUUUGCCUUUGUGUUUUAAGAUUCUGUCCAUUUUCUUUUAAAAUUACGCUCAUGUACUUGGGUAGAUGAUUUUUAAAAAACGAAUUUGCUGUCGUAAAAAGGGUAUUUAUUGACAGAAUGCCAUCUAGCCUACAUGUACUGACAUGGAAAGAUACCAAACAUAUAUUAAGUAUAAAAUCCAAGUGGCAAAACACUAUGUAGAGGAUGAUCCAUUAGAAGGUGUGUGUGUUUUGUAUAUGUGUAGAACAAAAGAUUUGGGAAGAGAUGCAUCAAACUGUUAAAUGUGGUUUCUUUUGAGGGGUUGGGAGAUGGGCCCCAGAGGCAGUUUACAGAGGCCUUUCACUUUCUACUUUUUUCAUUUUGUUCUGUUUGAAUUUUUAUAAGUAUGUAUUACUUUUAUAAUCAGAAUUUUUAGAAAGUAUUUUACUGAUUUAAAGGCUUAGGCAUGUUCAAACGCCUGCAAAACUACUUAUUGCUCAGCUUUAGUUUUUCUAAUCCAAGAAGGCAGAACAGUUAACCUUUCUGGUGCCAAUGUGAAAUUUAAGUGUUUUCGUUUUUGCUGCUUUGUGGAUGAAAAAUAUUUCUGAGUGGUAGUUUUCUGACAGGUAGACCAUGUCUUCUCUUGUUUCAAAAUAAAUAUUCCUGAUUUUGUAAGAUGAAAUAUAAAAUAUGUCUCAGAUCUUCCAAUUAAUUAGUAAGGAUUCAUCCUUAAUCCUUGCUAGUUUAAGCCUGCCUAAGUCACUUUACUAAAAGAUCUUUGUUAACCCAGUAUUUUAAACAUCUGUCAGCUUACGUAGGUAAAAGUAGAAGCAUGUUUGUACACUGCUUGUAGUUAUAGUGACAGCUUUUCAUGUCAAGAUUAUCAUGUCAUCUGUAUCUUAAAGUUUCAUGUGAGUUUUUAACCAUUAAGAUGAUUCAGAUGUAUAUAGGACAAAAUAUCAAGUCUUUUCUCUACCUAAAUAGCUUUGUUUUCUUGACUAGUAAUAGUAAUAGAUACUUAUGAAAUAAAUGUUCUCACAAGAUCCUUAGAACCUCUUGGAAAUUGUAAACUACUGACAGGAAAAGAAUAGCUGUUUAAAUAUUUAAAUGAAAGUAAAAUUUGAAUAAGUCAGUAUAGAUAAAAGUGCUUCACUGAACACCCAGGGUUUACAGUACAAGAUUCUAACAAUGACCUCUUAUAGAGGCAAGGGAAGCAUUUUGCUACAGAGAAAUGUUUGAGAGUAAAACUGUUAAAAAUUAUAUUUUCAUUGUAUUUUCUAAGAGAAAGUAUUGUCUUGGUCUGCUAACCUCUGUUGAUUACUACUUAAAGUGACAUUCAUUUAUUGCAAAUUUAUAGAUAUAAAAAGCAUUGCAAAUUUAAAUGAGAAAUUUUAAACUUAAAUAAUGACUGCCCUGUUUUUGUUUUAAUUUGUAAAUCCAUAAUUCCUUAGCUUUCUUUGUACUGUCUUCCACUCGGGUUUAGUUGAGUUAUAUAUUAAGUGAAAUUUUAUAUGUGUAAGUCUAAGCUUCAAAUUUAAAUUACAGAAUGAGAAAAGUGUUUAAAAAGUUUUUUAAAUGUGUUUUCCAGAGCACAUCGGCUCCAAGUGAGGUAGGUAGUUCAAUCUAGUUGUGAACCAAGGACUGAAUUGUUUUAACAUAAUGCUCUUCCUGUUCUGGGAGCCUCAGUUCAUUAAAACCCUUCUUUUAAAACUUGUAUGUUUAGAGUUAAGCAAGACCUUUUUUCUCCACAUGAGUUGUGAAAUUCAGUGCAUGAAGCUGAUGUGGCUAACAAGUUUAUUUUAAGAAUUGCUUAGAAAUGCUGUUGCUUCAGGUUCUUAAAUCACUCAGCAUGCCAACUUCUAAUCAAAAUUUUUAAGACUUACCAGUGUUUGUGUUCACACUAUAAAAAGCACUGGAUCCUUCCCAUCUAGUUGUACAAAAAAUGAUCACUUGCAAGGUUAAAAAUAUAACCAGAUCCAAAUCUCUGCCUCCCCCUGUCCCAAAGUAGUUCUCAGUAUCUACAUGUAGACACUCUUUUUCUGUAUAAAAUUCACUCUUAAGAUUUUGAAGUCACCACCUGUUUUACAGUAUUUUAGUCAUGUGAUAAAGUUAUCUUUAUUCAUAAUAAUUUAGUGUGCUUAUCAAAAGUCUUGAUCUUUGAGAAAUGGGUUUAGUGUUUAUAAAGUAAAUUCCAGUUAAUGGCUUUGUGUAUGGGGUUUUGUUUUGUUUUUGUUUUCCCCUUUAGUUAGGGGCUAAAAUGGGGUAGGGUGGAUAUAGUGGGUGUGCAUAAUGAGAUUCAGCCCUGUGUAUUGUGAUCUUUUAGUGUUUUUGUUGUUAAUAUUAUUUAAAUUUUGAUGGGUUUUUUCCUGUUUUCAUUUUAGUGUGGCUAAAAUUUUUAUUUUGAACUCUCUGAAUGGAGACUACUGCCACAGCAUUAGUUGCAUGUAUUGAACACUUAAGACCCAAUUCAUUGUUUCAUUUCCUGAUUACCCAAGUGUUGAAUAUGGCGGGGGAGGUGGGAGCGGGGGCAGGGGUGGCGUACAAAUGAGGUAGGCUGUGUAUCAUUUCCAUUGGAGAAAUGAAACAGGAGAAUAUUUGACAGAUACAGUUACUUUUAACCAAGUCGGCUUUAAAAAAACAAGAAAUAGCCAUUUCUUCAUCUGCAAAAUGAGAAUAGUAUCUAUCUUACAAAGUUAGGAGAAUUCAAGGAGACAAUGUAUGUAAAAUGUCUGCUACAAAUCCUUACACUCUUUUACCCUCCGUGGGUUUGCCCUGACUGGAAAUUUGGGCUGAAACUUAGAUGAUAACUCUUUCAGUGACUCUUACUCUUCUUUUUUGGUAUUUCUCAUAGUUAAGGUAUAAAUUACAAUAACUAAAUAGGUCAAGUCCUUAAAAAUACUUAAAUUCAUUUUUUGACUUAUUUAAAAAAUGGUUCUUAGCAAAUUUAGUUGAGCUUUCCUAAUAGAAACCAUUGGUUUAUUCUCACUUUCAUAAUCAGUUUGGAUUUGACUCUUACACACUUAGCACAGUGUGGAUUUCAUUUGCAGCAUAAUAGAAUCAUAGGGUGUCAGAGCUGGGAGUGACCUUAGAGAGUAUCUAAUUCAUCACCCUCAUUUUACGGGGAGACAACUGAGGCUCAAAGGUGAAGUGAUUUCUUCAAAGCUAUACAGCUAAUUAGUGGCAGCCCAGACUGGGAUAUAGUUUGAAGGUGAAAAACUUCAAGCUGUCUCUCCUGGGAGGUCUCAAAUGUGUAUUUUUUUCAACUGUUCUUCUAUGCUAUAACUUUCACUACAUAUUAAAUGACACUUUAUAACUAAUACCAAUAGGACAAUCUUAAAUACAUAUGUAUUCAAAUUGUACCAUACUAUAUUGUUUGGAUGGUAAGAUUCUUGUUUGAAGUCUGAAGUUUGCAGUUAUGCAUGUAGAUUUUUUGGCAUUUACUACAUUCUUACUGUGUAUCAUUAAUAACAUUUAAAAUUACUAUAUAUUUUGUCAUUUUGUCUAUACUUAGUAACAAACAGAUAUGCAUUUUUGAUUUGAUGUAAUAAAGGCUUUAAUUUUUAUUAAAUUUUACGUUUUUUUUUCAUUACUGUUAUACUUUAUCUAACCUGACAGAAUGACUAAUUCUUAUGUCAUUGUAUUAGUGUUGUAAAUAAUCAUGUGAAAUGUUUUGAGGUAGAGUACUGUAUUUGUGAAUAUAAUUUUAUGGCAUUUUUCAUAUAGCAGAAACCUUUCCAUCAGUAUGGAAAACUAAGAAAAUUGCUUUCCAUUGUAUAAUCUGGCAGUCAUCAUAGAUCAAAGCUUAUUUUUCUGUGAAUAAAACUUAAUAAAGUACUAUUCUUUAAAAUGA